GGGCAGGGCCAGGCCGGGCUGCUCCGGGGCCGGCGCUCUCCGAGAAGCCCAGCACUCGCCCCGAAGUUGUGCGGAGCGCGUGCCAUGAGGACCCUGUGGAUGGCGCUGUGCGCGCUGGCGCGGCUGUGGCCCGGGGCCCUGGCCGGUUGCGCAGACGCGGGGCGCUGCUGCCCCGGCCGGGACCCCGCCUGCUUCGCGCACGGCUGGAGGCAGGACAGGGUCUACGGGACGUGCUUCUGCGACCAAGCCUGCCGCCUCACCGGGGACUGCUGCUUCGACUACUCCAGGGCGUGCCCAGCUCGCCCGUGCAUCGUGGGGGAGUGGAGCCCCUGGAGCGGUUGUGCGGACCAGUGCAGGCCCACGGCCCGCGUGCGGAGGCGCGCGGUGCGGCAGGAGCCCCGGAACGGCGGCGAGCCCUGCCCGGCCCUGGAGGAGAGAGCCGGCUGCCUGGAUUACGCGACGCACCAGGGCCAGGACUGCGGGCACGCCUUCGUCCCUGCCUUUAUAACUACCUCUGCGUUCAACAAGGAGCGAACAAGACAAGCGGCCUCCCCGCAGUGGUCCACAGACACAGAGGAUCCUGGAUACUGUAUGGAGUUCAAGACAGAGUCAUUGACUCCCCACUGCGCCACGGAAAACCGGCCCCUGACCCGAUGGAUGCAGUAUCUCCGAGAGGGCUACACGGUGUGUGUGGAUUGUCAGCCUCCAGCUAUGAACUCUGCGAGCCUUCGAUGUUCUGGAGACGGCCUGGACUCUGACGGAAAUCAGACCCUCCACUGGCAAGCAAUUGGCAAUCCUCGAUGUCAAGGAACUUGGAAAAAAGUUCGGCGAGUAGAACAAUGUUCCUGCCCAGCUGUUCACAGUUUUAUUUUUAUAUAGAUCGUGAUAUAAGUAUUUCAAAGUGUGUUUGUAAACAUGCUAAAUACUAGCAAGUCAUGCCCAACGCUUCAUAAUUCUUUAAAAACUCUUUGGCCAAAGUUCCUGAACAUAUGUCAUUGCCACACUCUGAAGUAGAGAAAGGAAAUUUGGGGGCCAGUUCUCAAGAAACACAGUGCCUUUAUUUUCAUUUUUACUAAGUUAAGGACCCACCCUAAAGUCUCCUGUGGUUUUCUGUCCUCGAUCUGUCACCUGGAGUCUCCUCAUUCAGUAGGUGGCCCAUUGGACACAGUGUUCAUCUGUUUGCACUAAACUUACUACAUUUUAGUGGUCCAUUUAUUGGUAAGUUGUCAUUUAAGGGUACCCACGAUUUGAAUCUUGCAUUCUUUCUUUCUAUUCUGUAAUCCCUUAAAAACUUCUUUCUUUAAAAAAUGUCUACAGAUAUAUGUACACUCACACAUACAUUUCCCAUGUAUUAUUCCAUAAAUUCUGAAAUAAUAAGUUCAAGCAAAUUGUCACAAAUAAUUUUCCACAGGACAAGUUGUUUGAGAUUUAGUAAGCAUUUUGUUAUGCGAAACCAACAGUUCUGCUAAAAAUACUUUCUCUUUCGUUUUUUUUUUUUUUUGGCCGCGCUGCUCGGUAUGCGGGAUCUUGGUUCCCCGACCAGGGAUCGAACCCGUGCCCCCUGCAGUGGAAGCACAGAGUCCUAACCACUGGACCGCCAGGGAAUUCCCUAAAAAUACCUUUUUUUUGAAAUAGAAGACAUUUUCUUCGGUUAAUUGAAAAGCAUCAAUCAAAUGUUCAUUCUAGGUCAGCACAAGUUCCUUUAAAUCUUAUAAUUUCCAUGAAGUGAAAUUUUGGCACCAAUGAAUGAAACAAUUGCUUUAAUGAUGGACAUUCUACCAUCAUUAAUAUCCAAAAUUAUUUCCAAGGCUUAAAGCCUGAAGUUGACUAAAAUAAUUUUGGAGUCCAACUUCAGGUUUAAUUGAAGUAAACUUACUACUUUUUUUUUUUUUUUUUUCCCUACAGCAUGUAUUUUCUUUUGUUUGGAGUAGAAGGCAGAGGUAUAGAUUAUGGAAGGUAUAGAUUUAUUACGAAUGCUAUGAUUCCCGCCCUCCCCCAUGCCCCUCCCCGCCACACACACACAGAGAAAUAUUAGUCUCCUUAUUUUAUGAUUGGAAAAUCAAUGGACCAGAGACAAAGUGCCUUGUUGCAGGAUCUGGGCUGCAGUCAGAGCCAAAUCUCAGCUUCUCAUCCAGAACUCAGCUUCGAUGGAGAGUCUGUCGAUGCCAAAGACCGUGCUGUAAAAGCGAAGCCCUUUUCGUUUCUGAAACAAAUUUUAAAUUCAGGAUACUUUCUUUGAAGAAUUGAAUCUCAAGAUUUAAACUACAGGCAAACUUCAGAGGUAUUUGGGUUCGGUUCCAGACCACCAAAAUAAAGCAAGUAACAAGAAAGUUUUGGUUUCCCAGUGCAUAUGAAAGUUAUGUUUACACUAUGCUGAAGUCUGUUAAGUGCGCAAUAGCAUUAUUUCUUAAAAAACAAUGUAUAUACCUUAAUUGAAAAAUACUUUAUUGCCAAAAAAAGCUAACCAUCAUCUGAGCCUUUGGCGAGUAGUAACAUCAAAGAUCACAGAUCACCUUAACAAAUAGAAUAAUAAUGAAAAAGUUUGAAAUAUUGUGAGAAUUACCAAAACGUGACACAGACAUACAAAGUGAGCAGAUGCCAUUGGAAAAAUGGCACUGUAGACUUAUUCGAUUCAGUGUUGCCACGAACCUUCAAUUUGUUUUAAAAAAUGCAAUAUCUGAGAAGCACAAUAAAACAAGGUAUGCCUAUAUAUGAAA